CGCCCACGGGUAACAUUCCUCGCGGUCUCUCGCUCAUAUAUAUAUUUACACCACCAAAUAAAAUGGCGAGCGAUGGGGAUUUGGAUCGCAGUCCAUCCAAGAAUAGGUUUUUGGGAUUCCCGUGGAUUCCGCUUCCGCUCCCGCUCUCUCUUCCAGCCCAAUUUCUCCGAUUUUCUCAAUUGGAUGCGCCACCGCGCCUCCUCCGCCUAUAGCGUCCGUGCCAUCAAGAGAAAGCUACAAGACUUUCUUGUGACCACGGAGUCCGCUGUUAAAGAACAUCCUUUAUGGGCUCAUGCUCCAGAUGAAGAAAUAGAUAGCGUAAUUGAGUGUCUGGAAACAUAUGUCAUGAAAAAAUUGUUCAACCACCCAUUUGCUUCCUCUCCUGAGGAUUAAAGCAGAUCUAGAGAUUUCGGGGAAAAUUUGCUUGCUGCAGCACUUUAUUUGGGCUGAUCAGUUGGAUGUCCCUAGAGUUCUAACUUCUACACAAUGAAGCAUCAUUGCUGGUAUCCCCGAUUUUUCUUUUUUUUAACUUUGUAUGCGUAUUCUCUUGCUGCUUGAUAUAUUAAACAGUUAAGUCAACAACAUAUUUUCACCAUGAUUGUUUGCACUAUACCUGCAUAACGUAUGAGGUUGGAUUAAUAGUUGAUUUUACUUAAAA